UUAAAAAGUGCUCUCCAGACGACAAUCAUGUGGAAGAUGCGCAGCCUCUCUCCCAGUGUCAGACUGCACGUGAUUUUCGUGUCGGACGAAGAAGGAAACCAUUAUUCAUUCCCAGUGGAACGUGGAAAUUUUACACUCGACCUACUACGUUUAACGUUUCCAAUGGUAAGAGGCCUUGAUUAUCAUGACGUGUUUCAAGGUAAAAAGGGAGUAACGAAACAUGUACAACUGAAGAAAAGUGUGUUUAUAGAACCGGAAGGAGGUUGGUUCGCAGAGGGGCGUAAAUAUUUUAUUCGCAGAGAGCCUCGACGAAGGUCCAACAUAUUUGCUGUAGAGAUGUUGAAACGAUAUCGAGCCCUUACUCAGGGUGUGACUCUCUACUUUGACCCCGUGGAAGAGCCGACUAAUGUAACAGCGGCGAUUGAUUUUGGCACGAGUUUCUCGGGCUAUGCCUACUCGUUUGCCUGGGAUCCUUAUACUAUCUACACCAACGAUUGGUUGGGAGAGGGCAUGGCUGUGCCCACAGAAAAGGCUCCAACAACGGUACUGCUAUAUCCGGAUGGAAGAUUUCAUUCGUUCGGCUAUGAUGCCGAGGACGAGUAUGCAUUAUUGGUAGACGGCGAAGUCUUUCACGACUGGUACUACUUCCGGAACUUUAAAAUGAAACUGUAUUCUAACAAGGACUUGCGGAGAGAAAGUGUGCUCCGGGAUACAGACGGCAAACAAAGAAAAGCGCUGACAAUAUUCUCCAUGGCGAUCGCACAUCUCCGGAAACGUCUUAUACAAGAUGUUCAGAGUAGGAAUCGGCACGUGCACGUGGGCGAUAUCUCAUGGGUGCUUACUGUGCCCGCUAUCUGGUCGGACGCUGCGAAACAGUUUAUGCGUGAAGCUGCUGUCAACGCUGGUAUAAGAAGUGAGAAUCUGAAGCUAGUUCUAGAACCGGAAGCUGCCUCAUUAUAUUGCAAAACGUUAGACGAGUCAGAAAUCCACGUGAUCAGUGGCACAAAGAAAGACAACCCGCUUGCACGUGGAAAACGAUAUAUUCUGCUUGAUCUUGGAGGCGGAACAGCGGACAUGUCAGCGCACGAGAUUCUCGUGGAUGGUAGUUUGAAAGAGAUACACCGUGCGACCGGUGAUGCUCUAGGCGGUAACACCGUCGAUGAAUGUUUUAACAGGACAAUGAGUGAAAUUGUCGGUCCUGAAAACAUGCUGGACUUCUUCCAGGACUACAGACAAGAUUUCGUUAACUUUAUGCGUGAAUUUGAAAGCAAGAAGAGGAUGCCGCUAAGUGACGUUAGCAACGUUGUAUUUAAACUUCCUGCUUCGCUGUGCAAUAUCGUACAUGAAAAGUCGAAACGUACAAUGGAGGAAGCAAUACAGGCCAGCCCAUAUGCUUCACAAAUCAAGAUAAAUGGAGACAAGUUAAUGUUCACUGGUGACAUGAUGCGGAAGUUGUAUCAGGGUACAGUAGAUGGUAUUGUGUCGUACAUCAAACAGAUGAAGGCCAAUCCGAGGCUAGCAGAUGUACAUACAAUUGUGCUCGCUGGAGGCUUUUCUAAAUGUGACCUUGUAACGGACGCCAUAAUGGAUUCGUUUCCCGAGGAUCUCAUCCUUUGUCCAAGUGACCCUGGUAUCGCAAUUCUCAAGGGAGCAGUGUUGAUGGGACAGAGGCCAGAGACGAUAGUAGAACGGGUUGCUCGCUACACGUAUGGGGUCAGCUACGCCAGGAAACCAUUUUACGAAGGUGAAGAUCCCGAUGAGUUAAAGGCAACGCGUAAUGGAGAGACCUACUGUGAUGACGUAUUUGAAAAGCUGGUAGAGAUUGGUCAACCAAUCAGGGUCACUGAUGUAUUCACCGUACACAGAACAAGUUACCUCAAGUCGUCACGGAGUAAACAGCGUAGGUUGUACACAAAACUGUACGCGUCAAUCGAGACUGACCCGGAAUAUUGUACGGAGGAAUGUUUUUGUGUGAAGAUUGGAGAAAUAAUCCGUCAUCCGCCAGAACACGGCUGGCCGGAUGUGAUGCGGUCUAAAAUUGAAAUAAAAUUUGGCGAGACAGAAAUGAAUGUUCGUAUAUUCGAGAAAAUGAGUGGCGUAGAAUAUAAAGCCAGGAUUGAUGCUUUAUGAAAAUAUAUUUCAAUAGAUAGAAUUAUUUUAUCACCGAACGUUGACACAAACACAAUAGAGACAGAGUACAUAGACGUUUUGAAAAAAAAAAAAACAAGAAAGUUUUAUGUAAUUAUGAUGUAUCGUGGAACAAACUCAAAGAUGUUUUUUGUCCACAAAGGCAACAGAGUGCCUGUUUGACUUAUAUUGAUUGAAAAAUGCUAACAAAAACCAACCUGCACAUUGUAUGUUUUUCAUUAAAAAAGAAAAAUGA